AACUAAAUUGUCAAACCCGCGAUUUUCACAGGUUUCGAUGCAUCUAUUGGGAUUUUAUUCUCCAAGGCUUACACGAUUUAUCGCUGCCCCUUCACCAUGAGGCCACAAGCAACCCUUUGUGCCCUCUGGGCAUCGCUUAUACCUCUCUGCUCAGGUAUCAACAUUUCUCCUACAGCAAAAGGCGGACUGGCGCUGGCCCAGAUUCUCUUUGGCAAUUCUCGAGACAUCUACUCUUCAUCCUCGGGCUAUAGUGGAGACCCUGCAGCCAUUAGAUCCUUCACUGAUGGCCCUUUUGGAAUGGGAAGCGGCGUGAUUAUAUCAACUGGAAGUUUAACCGCAGCGCCGUUGACGCCUGGCUCUACAUGCCCAAGCUCUUAUACUACGGACCAGUAUGAUGCAUAUACCCAGAGCUAUUGUGGUCCGGACUCCUACAAUGGAGCAAAUUAUCUCUUGAACGUUGUUCUAACUAAGGCGACCACAUUCGUCGUCGACAUGGUUAUUGCAAGCUGUGAUGUUGUUUCUGCAGAUAAGGUUCUGAUCCUGGUUAAUGGCGUUAAUGUCGCAAAGGACGAGACUGGAACUCCACUCGACUCGUCGUCAAAGUACCUCAGCGUCCCUUGGGGCAUACCAUCACCAAACGGCGAUACAGCGUUCGCCUGGACAUCUCCUCCUCUUCAAUUUUCGAUAAAGCCCUCCACUCCAUCUAUAGAGUUGAGGAUAGCUGUAUGUGAUCUUCACAAUGGCUAUGGCGAUACUGCUGUCAUGAUCAAGAUGCGACCCUGUAACAACUGCGAUCAGCCCUUCAAGGUUGAUUAUGACACCACGAGUGUCGUGUCUACCACGACGUACGAAGCGACCUCUGUCGUGACACAGGCUGCCUCGGGAACAGUUCGUGGGACUAUUUCUUACGUUACAUACGUGACUGCUUCUGCUACUAGUACUAUAUCAUUGUCAUCAGAAGCUUCUACUACAUCAACUGAUUCAGCAAGCUCAUCGGACUCUACUCCUUCCGCAACAUCAACUAACUCAGCAAUAUCAUUGUCAUCAGAAGCUUCUACUACAUCAACUGACUCAGCAAGCUCAUCGGACUCUACUUCUUCCUUAACACCAAGAUCGUCAGCGCCGGUAUCCUGCAACCAGCUGAGCAACCCCUACGACGGCCCUUCCAACACGCAAUUCGAGAUUGUUUGCAAUUCGUACUCAACUGGCGGCAAUCAAAUCGGUUCCUCCUCCGAGGCUACUGAUUUGGAGAUAUGCAUCGGCCGGUGUGGUGAUGUCACAGGUUGCAAAGUUGCACUCUUUGACAAGAGCCAGCUUCUUUGCUACUUGAUGGACGAGUCGGAUGGCCCAGCGCCUAACAAUCUAUUUGAUAUGGCUCUUGUGCUGUCAACUGCGCCAACCACGACAACCGAUGCCAGCUCGACUACAACUGAAGCCGUCUCGGCUACAACCUCUGCCGCCUCGGGUCCAUUAUCUUGCGACCAACUCGAUUCUCCAACCUCCGUCGACGGUGUGGAAUUCAAUACCAACUGCGGUUGGCGAGCAACUGGCAGUAUUCCGAUCGAAUAUAACAGCCAGGUGCACAGCUUGACUGAAUGCAUGGCAUUCUGCGCUAAUAACCUGGCUUGCCGCGCACUCAACUUCUACCACACUUUUUACGAAUGUUACCUGUACGAGAGCUUUAGCGGUCUCAUGCAAGACUCUGAACAGGACAUGGCUUAUGUGGUGUCUCGACCAGCUGUCUCGUCUACAACCGAGGCCCCUACAGAACUUUCUACCACCACCUCGCUGGCCACCACAUCAACUGCAGCAGCACCAGGACCGUCGACUUGCAGUCAAAUGGAGGGCAGUACUUAUACCGGCCCUAAUGGGAACGAGUUUUUUCUCGCCUGCGAUACUUCCGCGACUGGAGAAUCAAUCUAUCGACGAGAUGAAGAAGAUAGCUUGGAAGGAUGCCUGAAUCGGUGUGACGGUGAAAAGAGGUGCAUUGCUGUGAAUUUCUUAGCUCCCCCUUACAGUGAAUGCGAUUUGAUUGAGUCAUUCGAAGGGGGUCAAUACUCCCCUGGUACGGCCUUUGCUUACAAGCUACUUUCACCAACAUCAACCUCGGCAUCAUCUGAGACUUCUUCAUCUAUCGAAUCCACCUCAGAAACUACAGCAUCAACAGUGGCCUCGGAGACUACAUCGUUACCGCCAUCAUCAGCACUCACGUCAGAAACUACGUCAGCACCUAUAACUACAUCAGGUGUAACCUUUGAAGCAACUACUUCACUAUUCACAUCGCUAUCGUCCUCACAAGACAUUGCUUCAGGGACAACAUCAGACUCUGCACUCCAAUCUACACUGGAGUCUACAUCUGCUUCAGCUACAACUUCAAUAGAGGUUAUCUCGUCAACAACUGAACUGUCAGCAUCUACAUCAACCGAUUUCUCAUCGCCAUCUUCAGAGUCGGUCUCAGAGCCUACAACGGUUGCCCAAUCAGUAUCUACAUCAGCCGAAGAGUCCACUUCUCUAGAGCUCACUACCGUCGCAACAAGUACAGGCUCGUUGCACACCGAUACUUCCAGCGUAGAUAUGUCGCCCGCCGACACGUCGACUACUAAGGCAUCAACUGUGCAGACAUCAUCCACUACGACUUCGGUUACCGCGAUAGACACCGCCGCAACAGCAUCCAGCGUAAGCUACACCAGCCAUGUUUCAACUGAGAUACAGUCCACAUCAGAUACUUCCGCUUUACCUUCGACCUCGUCAACGCCAUCCACAAGUAACAUUCCUACGCUUGGCGAAUAUACCUUCACAGGGUGUUUGAAAUCCCCCGAGGGAUAUCCAUCCUUCAAAGAGGUCGCAACUGACCCAGAGAUGACUACCCGAAAGUGUAUCGACUUGGCUUUGGGAAGCGCGUACAUCGGUGUUUAUCAAGAGACUUGUUACAAGGCCGAUGUGCUCGACGAUACGGAAUUUGUAGCGGAUGCACGCUGCGAUCUCACAUGCCCUGGAGAUCGCACUCUGUUCUGCGGAGGCAUUCUCCGCGCCGGACGGAAACUUCUGCAUCGUGAGAUAGCGCCUAAUCAUCUCUUGACCCUCUAUCGCAAAAAGCUUCCCUCCACUUCAGAUGUCUCAUCCUCUUCGUCCUCCGCACCAACCUCUUCUUCACAUGCUGCGGGAACUCAGGUACAUGAGACAACUUCUGAAUCAAGCGAGGUUUCAUACUCCAGUCAAACAGGCUCACCUUACUCUCUUUCUUCCUUUACAACAAGGAAUACUGGCUCAAAGACGCUUUCCGUCUCUGAUUUCACCGCCACAGAGACCAACUCAGCAACUUACCUGUCAACAGCUCUCCCUACCCCAACAGCCAUCCAUACUGCUUACUCGACUCUGGCCAGCGACCAUGCUUACACCAAGACUCGAUUUGCCGAGACAGUAACCACAGUUACUUACACUACUGUCAACCCAAGCAAUCCCGCAUCUCUUAUCACAACUUGUGUUCCUAUUACCCUGCUCUACAGCCCUUGCGGGUGCAAGAACCAGGUGUACCCAACAGUGGAUAUGACAACUGUUGCCUGUACCCAAAGAGGGGACAUUGUUACCUUGACAGUACCAAAGGCUGUUUGUGAGACUGACCGUGCGAGCUAUACACAUCCGAUAGUUCAGUACCCUUCGGGUUGGGUUGGAGGGCAUCAGACAGACGCUGGCGGCGAUAUGUAUCCUACGGGACGACUUACGGGAAGUUCUCAACCUGGCUCGAAGAACGGACAGCCUGAGUACCCCACUGUAGCCACAGAAUCACAGGAUUCCCAUCCCAGCUACAAGACACACCAGCACGUGGCCCCUACUGCAGCUGGAGCAUCUAAUGGUUAUAAGCAGCCGGAACAAGGGAACCUGCAGCCAUCUGUUUCGGCUCAAGAGUCAGCAGAGUCCAACAGCAAUACGCCGGCGUAUCCCUCCCAGCCAUCAUCCCCGAAGAGCUUAACAACGGAAACAAGCAUUAUCCCUACUUCUCAACGUGGCAAUUCGGCACUUCCAUCUCAAUCAUCGCCUCUUGACCAGGACCAAGUUCCUUCAGAGUCCACGGGAGCGCCCUAUGCUACAUCAGUGGUUGUUUCAGAAGCUCACAGAUCUGGUCUCGCAACGUGGAUCAAGAUAACUGCGAUAGUCGGAAUGGUUUUAUUCUUAUAAGGUGCGAUGCCUCAAUGGUCGCACGUUUUUAAUUGGGGUCAUUUUCUCAGUUUGUUUGACGGUGCUGGCGUGUGCAGGCCGACAAGGCCGGUGAAGCUGCCACCUUUCAACCAACUUUAGAAUUCGGUGCUGUUUAUAAGAGACUUAUUCGUCACAAAGUCAAGGAUGACACUUCAUACCUGUAUAUAAUUAGAACCAUUACUUCUUGAACUCAUAUUGAUUAGUCCUUGGAACUAUGAGAUGGCUGUUUACAUUCGAAAGUGUUGCUCCCUCCUCGAACGCAUUCAAGACAAAGCCCGAUUUCCC